CCAAGGUAGAGAGGGACGCCGCGGCUGCGCUCUCGGACACAUGGUCCGCUGGCCCCGCCCCAAGCAGUAACCUCUCGUCCCCGCCCCGUGUCGUGACGUCACCCUGGACCCUGUCGGUCGGUGCGCGGCGUCCUGGCUGCAGACAGCGGGCAGAGCACGGCCCGCUCGUUGCACCCGUGGGAGGGUUCUGCGCCGCCCCUGUCCACGGCAGCCUCAUGGAGCUGCGAAGUGCCGGCAUACCGAUGGAGGCGAGAGAGGAGGCGCCCUCACUGCCGGGAGACGGGGACGACUACGAGAGUCUGCCGGACGGGGUGUCCCCGCUGACGCACAUGGUAGCCGGAGCCGUGGCAGGGAUCCUGGAGCACUCGGUCAUGUAUCCGGUGGACUCUGUCAAGACCAGAAUGCAGAGCUUGCAGCCAGACCCCAAUGCCCAGUACCGUGGCGUCAUGGAAGCUCUGAGGAAGAUGGUCCGGACCGAGGGGUUGUUCACUCCGCUGCGAGGGAUCAACGUGACGAUGCUCGGUGCUGGCCCAGCACAUGCUCUGUACUUUGCCUGCUACGAGAAAAUGAAGACCACUAUAGGGGGCAUGAUUCACCACGCUGGGAACAGUCAUGUGGCAAAUGGGGUUGCGGGAAGUCUGGCAACUGUGCUGCAUGACGCUGUUAUGAACCCGGCAGAAGUGGUCAAGCAACGAAUGCAGAUGUAUAACUCGCCCUACAAGAGCAUGCUGCACUGCAUCCAGGUUAUAAGUCGGACAGAAGGAGUGGGGGCUUUCUAUCGCAGUUACACCACACAGCUGCUGAUGAACAUCCCUUUCCAGGCCAUUCAUUUCAUGACCUAUGAGUUCACUCAGGAGCAGCUGAACCCAAGGCGGCAGUACAAUCCAGGUUCCCACAUAGUGUCAGGGGCCAUCGCGGGAGCUGUGGCGGCAGCAGCCACAACGCCAUUGGACGUCUGCAAAACACUACUGAACACUCAAGAGAACAUGGCCCUCAGCUCUGUAAACAUCAGCGGACACCUUUCAGGCAUGGCCAAUGCCAUCAGGACGGUCUACCAACUGGGAGGCAUGGCGGGCUAUUUCAAGGGGAUGCAGGCACGGGUCAUAUAUCAGAUGCCUUCCACAGCCAUUGCCUGGUCUGUGUAUGAAUUCUUCAAGUACUUUCUUACCAAACACAAUGAUUAGUAUCUAUCAACUUGACCAACGUUCUGGAGUAUGGUCCUAAGUCUUUAUGCUUGGAUUUGUCCACUAUAUACAGGGAACAUUUUUGAAACCAUUGAACAGAGCAGUUCUUUAAGGCUGGAGUUGCGCCAAAGACCUAUAACUUGGCUUUUACAAUCAUAAAUUUUAUUUUUAAUCUGCAGCAAAAAAUAAUUUUUUUUAAAUCUAUUAAGCUCUAAUCAUUCCUUUUUCCAAAACCCGUUGCCGCAUAGCUGCCUCUCCCAAACACGUCUACAAUCCAGGGUGUCUUCACCUUAUCUUUGUGUGAUUAAUAGCUCGGAGAGAGGGUGAUGUCCUAUUUACUCGUGACCAGCAAUGCUGGCGUGUAGUUUUGCUGUAACAGCAUAUAGCUAUUAUAUAUAUAUAUAUUGUAUGGAGAGAUUUAUAGAAUUCGCUGCCCACACGUGGUCAUAUAUAUUUAUUUUUUUAUGAUAUUUUAACAAAUUAAAAAUAUAUAUAAAUCCAAGUCUACGCACAAGUGACAAAUGUUAUUUUUAGAGAAUAUAUUAAUAUUAUAAUGCUUCUGUAAUUUUUUUUCUGUGUUUUAGGGAUGUGAAACCUAAUAAGAGAUCAUACAGUUUUAUUUGUAUGUUGUAAAAGACCGGAUAGUUCUUUUUAUAGUGCCGCAAUGUUGUCCCAUGCUAUGGGGCUCCUAAAGAGAACAAAUGGAGAUGUCGCAGUAGCAACCAGCCACAUUCUAGCUGUCAUUUAUCUAGCAUGGUGGUCAUCAAGUACCCCCAACAGGUCAUAUUUUCUGGAUUUCUGUAGGUGGAAGCAGGUGGGAUAAUUAUGGGCCCAGCAAAAUGGAUUAACUCUCCUGUGCAUGACAUCUGCAAAACAUGACCUGCUGGUAGUACUGGAGGACUAGUGUUGAGAACCCCUGCUCUGUAAGAUAACUAGCAUCUAGUUGCUACUUGGGCAAUUUCUCCAUCUGUUCUCUUUAUAAAGUUUGACACAUCUCCCCUUUAAGACUUUUGAUUACAUUUGCCUUCCCCCUGCUGUAUUUAAUAUGCCCCACUUUUUAUGUAGUAAUUAACCAAAAAUGUGGAUCUGUAGGGUGGGCAAGGUGCCGGGUAACCCAUUUUGGCCUCUGCUUUUUGCCUUAAUGAUUGCAUUUGAGAAGCCGUAUGUAGUUGACUGCUACAGAGGAGGUGACUUAUUGUAUGUGGUGCAUUUCAUAGAAAACAUUAUGUACAAGCCGCAUAGGGGACCAAAGAUCAUUAGUUUUACUUCAAGUGUGAGUGUGGACCAGCUAUGCUAUGUACAGUGAGGCUUGCUGUCUGCUGCAAAUACUUGUAUUUAUGCAACAAGUAGACUUGUAAUGGUUUCCAUUCCUCCAGGGAAAUGUCAUGUGCAUUCUAAAGUCAAGUGGUAAUUAACUGGGGUAUUAGUAUCCAGAGGGAGUACUUGCUGUAACGUUCAGGAGUAUUCUGUAGCAGCAGGGCAAACCAGCCAGGUGAUUAGUAAACAAGCAAGCUCUAUCCUAAGGUUCUGUACCCCAUGCAUCAGAGUACCAGCCUGGUAACAAAAUAAAACCAUCUAUACCUAAUUAAA